AGUGACCGACCGGCCAUUCCAAUCUCCACCUCUCCUCUCCGACCAUUCCGCUAGCUCCUGCAUGCUUGCGUCGUCCCCAGGGCACCGCCCGUGAGCCGCGAUCUCCCCUCACCAACCCCCCCUGGAUUCAAUCCCACCCAACCCCGCCGUGCCUCCCCCUUCAGAUCUGCCUCACUCUCACCCCAUGACCAGUAGGUCCCGACGCUCACCCGGAGUGAGGAACACCACCACCGCUGCUCUUCCACCCUGCGGCUGCACCACCGCCCAUGGCUCCACCCCCGUUCACUGAGACUGACACGCGCUCCCGCCCACGCGCCUAUGGAGGAGGUGCCCGUUAGUUCCGCGGCCGCGGGGCUCACGCUCUUCGCCGCCGCCGCCGCGGCUGUUGCUGAGGUCAUGGAGGAGACCGCCGCUGCGAUCGGGAUCGGCGCCGCGCUGCCCCCUCCGCCGGUCAGGACGGCGGGAGGGGAUGGGGGCGCCUCCGCGGCCGGGAGCCCGUGCUCCGUUGCCAGCGACUGCAGCAGCGUCGCCACCGCAGACUUCGAGGGAUUCGCCGAGGUCGGCUCAGCGCUGUUGCUCGACGACCUCACCGCCGCAACGGCGGCGUCCGUCUCCGUGGCGGACCCCUCUGAGCCGAGGAUCUCGGGGCCGACCGCCAGGAGCGUCUUCGCCGUGGACUGCGUCCCGCUCUGGGGGCUCGAGUCCAUACGCGGCCGGCGCCCCGAGAUGGAGGACGCGGCCAUCGUGGUGCCGCGCUUCUUCGACGUCCCGCUCUGGAUGGUCGCCGGCGUCGCGCCAAUCGACGGCCUCGACCGAGCGUCCUUCCGCCUCCCCGCGCACUUCUUCGGCGUCUACGAUGGCCAUGGUGGUGUUCAGGUUGCCAAUUACUGUCGGGAGAGAAUCCAUUCGGCACUGGUAGAGGAGCUGGGUAGAGCAAAGGAGGCGGUGUGCGGUACCGACCUAAGCGCCCUGGAGUCCAAGAAGCAGUGGGAGAAAGCCUUUGUCGACUGCUUCAGUCGUGUUGAUGCAGAGGUGGGAGGAAAUGCAGGAGCUGCAACCCAGCCUGUGGCUCCAGACACGGUGGGUUCAACAGCGAUUGUCGCAGUCGUUUGCUCAUCGCAUAUCAUCAUUGCCAACUGCGGGGACUCACGGGCAGUGCUAUGCCGGGGCAAGCAGCCCAUGGCGCUAUCAGUGGACCAUAAACCAAAUAGGGAAGAUGAGUAUGCAAGGAUCGAGGCACUAGGUGGCAAGGUCAUCCAGUGGAAUGGCUAUCGAGUUCUCGGUGUUCUUGCCAUGUCGCGAUCAAUUGGGGACAGAUACCUGAAGCCAUAUAUAAUCCCAGUCCCUGAGGUCUCAAUUGUCUCUCGUGCAAAAGAUGACGAGUGCCUUAUUCUCGCAAGCGAUGGCCUCUGGGAUGUAAUGUCAAAUGAAGAGGUAUGCGAUGCUGCUCGCAAGCGGAUACUACUAUGGCACAAGAAGAAUGCAGAAGCCUCAUCUUCAGCCCAAAGAAGAAGCGGUGAUUCGCCGGAUCAAGCAGCUCAAGCGGCUGCUGAAUAUUUGUCGAAGCUGGCUCUCCAGAAGGGGAGCAAGGACAACAUAACCGUCAUUGUAGUUGACCUCAAGGCACAUAGGAAGUUCAAGAACAAAACAUAACCAUGGCUUCAUGAACAAUAACAGUAGUUUCUAGGAAGCUAGAAAUGUGGUACAUCCAAACAUAAUCUGUUUAGUCUGCUGCACAGGUAUAUUCGUUAGCCCAGCACUUCUUCUUUUUUUCCCUCGCCAUAUAUGCUACGCUGCCAAGAGAUGUAGUUAUCUACAGAGUACAGACAGAUUCCCAAAUCUAGUUUGGGGGUUAGCCCGGGGCUGAUCCGGUAACAUCUUAGAGGUAGCUAUUACAGAUUGGGUUUCUGGCAUUAUUUUUGUUAAUGCGUAGGGGUACUCUGCGAUAUACGUACUGGCACUACAGUAUUAAACUAGUUGCGAAUUUCAUGGCCGUCGUGUCUCUA